ACUUCCCCUCCUCCCUGCAUCACAGUGCGCUGUUGCCAUCACACGUCCACGUAAUACUCCCGUGAACAGGCGGACUUGUUGGAAAUGCUCGAGGAUCCCAGUCCUCUCUGACAGCGCAUUGUGGAAUCAUCCCAUUCAAAGUGAGGAAAAAUACUCACACACCAAGACGGCGGGAUUUGGAUUACUGAUCACUGUCCGUUUACUUGAUUGAAGGAGAUGUGAUUUAGCUGAAGUAUAUCGCCCAGUGCUCAUCGUACUCCAGACUAAUGGUGAACACACAGUCCCCCUCUUUAAGACAAAGAAGGCUGUGUUGUGGCAGGACAUUCCUAAAGGCGAGGAGCUGCCAUGCCAUUUGGUUGUCUGACACUUGGGGAGAAGAAGGAUUACAACAAUCCCUCAGAGGUGACCGACAAAUAUGACCUCGGACAAAUUGUUAAAUCAGAGGAGUUUUGUGAGAUAUUCCGGGCCAAGGAUAGGAACACCUUGAAAAUGUUCACCUGUAAAAAGUUCCACAAGAAGGAUGGAAGAAAAGUGCGGAAGGCUGCCAAGAACGAGAUAAUGAUCUUAAAGAUGGUGAAACAUCACAACAUCCUCCAGCUGGUGGACACGUUUGAAACAAAGAAAGAGUACUUCCUUUUUCUGGAGCUCGCUACAGGCAGGGAGGUCUUUGACUGGAUCUUAGAUCAGGGCUACUACUCGGAGAGGGACACCAGCAAUGUCAUGAGGCAGGUGUUGGAAGCUGUUGCUUACCUGCACUCUCUGAAAAUUGUCCACAGAAAUCUGAAGCUGGAGAACUUGGUGUACUUCAAUCGUUUGAAGCACUCCAAGAUCGUUAUCAGUGACUUUCAGUUGGCAAAAGUGGAAAAUGGACUCAUUAAGGACCCAUGUGGAACCCCAGAAUAUCUUGCUCCUGAGGUGGUUGGGAGGCAGAGAUAUGGAAGACCCGUGGACUGUUGGGCCAUCGGUGUCAUCAUGUAUAUACUUUUGUCUGGAAACCCUCCUUUCUAUGACGAUGCUGAAGAGGACGACUCUGACAAUCGUGAUAAGAACCUUUUCCUCAAGAUUUUGUCAGGGGACUAUGAAUUUGAUUCACCAUACUGGGAUGACAUCUCCGAUUCUGCCAAAACCUUGGUGGCAUCACUGAUGGAAGUGGACCAAGAUCAGCGAUUGACGGCGCAGGAAGCUAUAGCUCAUGAAUGGAUUUCUGGAAAUGCUGCAUCAGACAAGAACAUCAAGGAUGGUGUUUGUGCACAAAUAGAAAAGAACUUUGCCAAAGCCAAGUGGAAGAAAGCUGUUCGAGUGACCACCCUCAUGAAGAGGCUCAGAGCUUCUGAGCAAGGGGAAUCCGGAGCGUCCGGCCUCGCCGCGGGCGCUGCAGCUGACCCCAACGCACCCGGUGGCGCUCCUGCUCUUCCGGUGGGCAACAGCGACACUGUCGACGCCAGCAUAAAGGCCGCUCUUAGGGAAAAGGCUCCUGACACACAGACUGCCACCGUCUCCACGCUCGGCCAGCCCAGUGCAGCCGGACAGGACGAGCAGCCGCAGACACGGUGCAAUGGCGAUGUUCCCCAAAUGUUGCCACAGGGAAAGGGAGAUUAGGCAUCAGUAAAAAAUUUAAAAAAAAAGAGAAGAGGACCGUUGUCAACAAGCACAUCUGCAGUACAGCCAAUAAAUUUGGCACGAUAAUUCCAUGUCUAUGAUGUUUGACCACCCCCAGUUUGCAGAAUUAUUCCACAAUACCUUACAUUCCAUCUUUUUUGCCUUCUGUACUGAUUGGUCUAUUGAAUAGUGUUCUCCAUGCUCCCUUGUUAUUUUAUGUUCAUUCCCUUUAAAGAUAGUUGCAAAGUAGCUUUUCUGUCGUCCCCUUUUCCUUAAGAACUGUAGAAACUGUGCAAUUUAGUGUAAUCUACGUCUUUACUCAUCUGCUCCGUGUAGAUGUAUUUGUCCGUGAAAAGCAAAUUGCUAGUUUUCAGCAGCAGAACUUUCAAUCCUGAGUUCGAGUCUUGUGACUUAAAAUUAUGAGUUGAAAGGUUUAGUAAAUUGAUCAUAUCGAGGUUUAUUUCAAGAAAUAGAAUAAAUUUGUAGGAAAACUUUCAGCAUGUAUAUCGGAGUUAACUCUUCAUAAACCAUGCCUCAAAUUGGAAUACUAGUACAGGUAAUUUGGUUUAAAUGGAUCAUAAAAUAAUUUAUUGUCUUGAUCCAAUUUUUUUUAAAUUUUCAAUCCCGAAAAGCCAUUCUGAGGAUCGCCCCUACAAUUGUUUUUAUAGUGAACAACUAAACAAUUAGAUAAGAAUCACAAUUUGUGGAUUCAGCUCAACACCCUGACAAAUAUCCUCUGGUAUAUUUAUGUUCAGUGAAGUACAACUUUAGACAACUUAGAAUUUUAAGGCCGCAAGAAAGUAUAUUUUUUAAGUUAAAGUGCCUUAAUAUUUGUUGCAGUGACAUACUGAAAUGUUUUAAAAGAAACAACUUGAUUAUAAUUGCUUUUCUGACUUCUUUUAAAUGUUUUAGCUGUUUUCCUUUGCUCCUCUGUCUGGUCUUAUGCGAACGUAUUGAUGCUUGUGUUCUGUCCAUGUUCACAUGUCAUUUAAAACCCAGAAAACUAGGUUAAGAGCUUUCUAUGUGGAGUAAUGUUUUAGCUGUUGUUGUGUUGUCACUUGUAUUUAGUAAAUUCAGAGUUUAUAGCUGAGUCCUUAUACUGUACCGCUAUGUAUAUUUGCAUUGUAUACAUGUGUAUUUUUUUAUUUACAUGCGGAUUUAGCAACAUUUAGCCGAGCUAACGGGUUGCUGAAUCACUUGUGAAUGAAUAAAUUGAGCAAUACUUAUGUUGCUGAAACUCAA